UAUUUUCUCAUUAUUUGCACAUCCAAUUCUCUUUUCAUCUCAUUCACUAGCUACUCUUACUAGUAAUCUAAAUUCUUCAGUCUUAGCUUCUUCUUUAUAAUAUCCUCUCCAUUUUAUUCCUUAGGAAAACAACACAAUAAUAAUCAUGGGUGUUAUCACAUGCACAUUGGCCGACAUCACCAGUCCAGUCGCCGCGUCCCGAUUGUUCCAAGCUCUUGCCAUUGACAACCACAACUUCAUUCCUAAGACUUUCCCUCAGUUCGCUAAAUCUGUCGAGUUUGUUGAAGGUGACUCCACCACUGUUGGAUGCAUCAAGAAGAUCAAUUUCCCCGAUGAGGCUCCAUUCAAAUAUGUGAAAAAUAGAGUGGACGAGAUUGAUUCCGGCAACUUCUACUUAAAGUACACUUGCAUUGAAGGAGAUGUGUUCCCUGAUACAGUGGAGUACGCUGUGUACGAAGACAAGUACGAGGUAUCCGAAGCCGGAACCAGAUGCAAGAUGGUGGCACACUACCACAUGAAGGGAGAGAAUGUGAUGAAGGAUGAGGAUCUUGAGAAGGCCAAAGAAGGAAUUCAGAAGAUUUUCAAGGCUGUUGAAGAGCAUCUUGUUGCCAAUCCUCAAGUUUAUGCUUGAACUACACUAAAUUAUCCAAGUCUAAUGAGUGAUGAAUCUUUAAUAUUUAUUAUGUUUUCAAUUAUUAGAUCGUUUUCUAUUGUGAAGAGAAAUAAUGUCAUUUAAAAUGAGAUUAUGUAGUGUGUGUGAUGAUGUCCUUUGCUUUUUCGUUGAUGAUUUGAGAAAAAAUAAUGAUGUUUGAGAAAGUGUUGGGGUGAGAUAAGAAUUUAUUAGGCGAUGUUGUAACUUUCAACUGACUAUACAAAUCUUUUUCAGCUUCUCAAUACAUGCAGCAUUUUGAAUUUUUUAUCGGUUUA